AGGUUGAUAUAUCGAAAGCACAUAGUGUAUACAUCACCAGUCAGCCAUCACCAGCCAUCCAGCUUCAAGUCUAGACACCGCCACCUCUUGUUUUCGGCGAAACUUGCGGAUCCUUGCACCUCCGCUACAACCCUUCUUGACAAGCAAAACACCUGGUCCACCGUUCUCCUUGGGGAGACGAACGAUGUCAAGGCGCCGAGAAGAGGCUGACCUACAGAAAGCCCUGCACCUGUCGACCCAAGGCUCUCACCCUCCUCCAUCUUCGGUCUUUCUAUCCUCCUCCUCACCCAUCCAGAUCCCUUCAGGCUUCCGGCUUGCCUUCCAGUCCGAGUCGACUCAGGGCUCGACCAACAUUCAAUUCUCCGACAACAACACCGGCAGCGGUAGUGGUAGCGGCAGCGGAGGCAGUGCGAAUCCUAGCACAUUUCAAGGUUUCCAAGGAGGAAUCUUUGCGGGUCUACAGACACCCGUCAUCGAAUCCGAUCGCUCGACAUCGAUUCUGAGUCCUACGAUGGUGGCUACUGCCGCACAUAUCAGCCCAGGACGUGUACAGUCGAGAAGCGGGAACGGAACGAGGCCGCGUCCUAUACUGGAUGACGACGAUGUGGUAGCAGGCAGUGAGGAUGAUGAGACGGAAGAGGAGGAGCCAUUCGAGGCUCUCCAGCGAUCGGCUCAGAAUGGAUAUAACCGACCCGUACCGUCUCUUGCAGCCUCUAAACCCAUGUCACCAUUGCCGAUCCCACCUUCCGAAACGAUCGAAUCCUUCCCCGCUUCCUCGAGCUCCAAACACGCGAAAUCAUCUCACCCUCUCAACCAGUCCAACGUGCCGCCGAAGUACGUCUCAUCUCCCAUUGAAGGCUUCACCACAUCAAAUUCCGACGACCGGAAAGGCAGCUCGUCUACCAACCCUUCGCGAGACCCGCAGAUGGCUUGUAUCAUGCUCUCGGCCCCCACGGAACAUGUACGCGCGAGGCCUCAGCCCAAACAACGCCGCAAGGCUGAUCAAGACGCAAUGAACGGAUCGCCGAUGGAUGUCGAAGCCGGUCCUAGCGACGUCAGCGGGCAGGCGAGUGGUAGUCGAAGUAAACCGGCCGAAGAGAGCUCGGCGGCGAAGCCAUCCUCUCCACAAGGGAGCUCUCCCGUGCGAAGUAAACGCGUAGUCGUCUAUUCGGGCCGAAGCAUUCAUCACAAGAAGCGAAAGAUCAUGCUCAGUGACAGUGAAGCGGAAGAAGAAACCACGCAGCCGACCAUCGAUCAAGAGCUCGCUACGGCGGUCGUUGCUGCAGAAGCGGGUCGGACGAGUGCUAAACCAGAUUCGAAACGCAAGAAUCAGAGCGAUGGCGAGGACCGUCCUUCCAAGAAGACUCGAGGGAGAGAAGACGUGAUAGCCGUCGAAGGAAGCGGCAAUCGGGAAGGUUCGAUCGACCCGCUAGAUCUGGGCCAUGUGGAUGCGAAUGUGACACCGGUGAAAAGCCGUGUAGUAGUCGAGAUUGAUAGCGGGAAACGGUCUGGGAAGGAGGCCGUUGUAGACGGCGACGAAGAGGACGAUCUUAUUGUCAUAUCGACAGACAAGACCAAGCCAAAGCCAAAGCCAAAAGCCAAAUCGCGAGCCCGAGACGAUGACGAGGACAAUUUCGAUGAGGACGAUCCAUUUGAAGGUCUGGCUCCCGAUGCAGCUAUGGCCGAUUCUGACGAGGAGGACGACUUCGUCCCACCAGGUCGCAAACGCAAACCAGCCGCCAAAUCCAAGAAGGCACCGGCAAAGAAGGAGAAGAAACCGGCAAAGGCGAAAAAGGGAAGUGCAUCGAAAUCUGCAGCGCCGACGCCAGCAACCGUAUCUACCGUGGAUGAUCAUGUCGAAGCUGAGCCCGAGGUCACGCAAAGCGAGGUACCGGGGACGGCCAGUACCAUCAGCGUUCAGGCGGAGAGCGCAAAAGCGGUCGAGCCGAAAAAGGGAGCAAAGACGGUCAAGAACGCCAAAGACAAGGCCGCUAUCCCUGAUAAGCCGGACCCGACACCUAUGCAGAGCACUUCAGCCGAGUCAGUAUCAAGCAAACAACAGAAGAAUGCAGAGAAGAGCGCAGAGUUCAUCGAAAGCGACCAAGAGGACGAGGUCUUGCCUUCGUCGAAAAAGCAUGCGGCGAAGUCGACGGCGGGAAGCGAGAAGGUGGGUGGCGGUUCCUCGUCAGCCAAAUCAAAAAGCAAAGGCAAAGUCAUCGCUAGCGAUGCGGAAGACGAGGAGGAAGCACGGACCGAGGCGGAUACCGAAGCGAGCGGAACGAAAAGCACGGCCGCAGGCUCGACCGGCUCUCACAACACUGCACCAGUACUCCAACCGACUUCUAUUUCUCAGCUCAACGUACCCAAGGAAGAGCCGACCAGAAGCAGAUCGCCGAACUUUGUAGUGGGCAAAGAUGGCAAGAUUAUCGAAUUCCGAACGACUCGAGAUGAUCUUCCCAAGGUCGUCUCCAAUACAGGCGGGGUCAAGCGGAUGGGCAUGUCCCGAUCGUUCCGUAUCCCUUCUCUGCAUCGCAACAUGAAGACACCCCCGAAGAGACUCGCAGCGCCGCCGAAGAAGCCUGAACGCAAAAAGCAGAGUGAUGACGAGUAUUCCGAUGAAGAGCCGGUUGAUGAAUUUGGCAGGCCGAAGCCAAAGCCGGGUAGCAAGGAGUGGUACAUGAUGGAAGACUAGACGAUUGUUGACGAGAGAGAUAUGAAGAAGCCGAUUGGAAGAGAAACAAUAUGGUUGUACUAGCUGUUAUAUAUAGCGUCGCAAAAUCGCAAGGUUGCAAGAUUGCAAGGUCAGGCGCCCAGCCCCAAAUAUGAAGGGUACGCGAUCUGUUAGGGAAUUGCGACGUCCCUCAGGUCUGCUGAGAUGCUUGGAAGGGUGUCACCUCUGUAUUUACAACCAGGUGAGCGCGAACGCAUUGUAUGAAGAAGGUACGAAAAAGAAAAAGAAAUGAUGAAGUCAACGAUGGACGAUGGCGUAGUCAGGACCUGCUUGUCGAUUGUCGUUAAGGCGUGUGUCGUGAUGGCGGUUAAGGCAAAAGUCAGUGUCUCAACCUGGGAGCGAACGGCGGAUGUCGGAGGAAGGGGGUUAAGGCGAGAGUAUCGGAGAUGGCCGAUGACCGACCAGCUAUUUCCGAAACGACG